UUGUAGUCAUUGGUUUAUAAUUCCUGGCUUGAACUUAUUGCAGCUGUUUUACCCUUUUGCCUACGGUCCUUUAUACCUAGAUCCCAAAUGUUGUCAUUUUAUUACCAGUUUUGUGUGGUAUUGAACAUUAACUAAUUAUAGCGAUAACCUCUUACGCAAUUCUCCACUUAAAUUCAGGGAGAUACUUUUAGCAAGACUAAAAUUUAAAGCUCAGCUCUGCAGACUAAUCUGAGGAAUCCUUUGCUGAUCCCUGCAUAAGCUUCUUGGAUUAUUUCUACUUUCCUAGAGACUGACUUUUAGCAAGGGGACUGUCACAGUAUAAUAUAAGUGCUAAAAUGAAAAAGAAAAGCUUUCAAUUCUGUAAAAAUCAAGACAACUUGCAUGCCUUCCUAUGAUAUGACAUACUGUAAACUAGCAAUUAUAAAUGAAAAUAAAACUGGAAAAUUGUCAGUUUUGUUACAGGUAGCUCAGAGCUUGUAUUAUCACUUUUGGAACAAACAUUGUCAAUUAAAAAGUUUUCAUUUAAGCAGGCUACUUACUGGAAAUGCUCAUUUUUGGCAUUUUAAACAAAACAACACCUCUUAGACAAUAAUUAAUUAUCAGAGUUACCAGUAAAUAUUGAAACUACAAAUAUAGCAAAGCAUACACGUUUAAUUAAUAUCAAAAAAAAUAACUUUUAAAAAUAAGUUUGUUGGUCAGGGAUUAUAACCUAUACAGUAUAUACCCAGCAACAAAAGAUUUAUGCUAAGCAAACCUUUUAGUUUCUAAACUAGUCAGGCGUAGCUAUCAGUAUGAGUUUUGCAGAUCUAUUGGAAAAGGUGGGCAGCAUGGGGCGCUUUCAGUUUGUGCAUAUUAUUAUGUUAUCAAUCCCUGUUUUCAUGUUAGCAAGUCACAACCUUAUUCAGAAUUUCAGUGGAGCUGUACCACGUCACCACUGUCGGACACUUCUGGACAGUAAUGGAUCCUACUACCAUAAUCUUAGUGAAACUAUUAAUUCCCAGGAUUUACUGAACGUGUUUAUACCAAUAGACAGAAAGCAAAAUCAAGAGAAGUGUGUUCGAUUCUCAUCACCACAGUGGAAUCUCCUGAAUCUCAGUGGCACCCAACACAACAUGACCAGAUUAGAAACGGAGCCCUGCAGGGAUGGAUGGAUAUAUGACAAGACAGAGUUCAGUUCCACAAUAAUUUCUGAGUGGGAUCUGGUAUGCAGUUCCAAGUCCUUAAAGCAAAUGGCACAGUCUGUAUACAUGGGUGGAGUACUGGGCGGAGGUAUCAUAUUUGGAAGUCUCUCUGACAGAUUUGGUCGGAAAUCAAUUUUGAUAUGGUCUUACCUCCAUCUGGCAGUUUCUGGAACUUUGACUGCCUUCUCUCCCAAUUUCAUUGCCUAUUGUAUAUUCCGUUUUCUUUGUGGAAUGGCUGUUUCAGGAAUCAUACUCAUCACUCUUUCACUGAUUAUGGAAUGGACGCCAACAAGGACACGAGCCCUCCUGGGGACAUUAAAUGGACAUUGCUAUACAUCUGGACAACUGAUUCUGGCAGGUGUUGCAUAUGGAAUUCGGAACUGGCAGUUGCUUCAGAUUGUAGUAUCAGCACCGUUUUUUGUCUUCUUUCUGUAUUCCUGGUGGUUUACUGAAUCAGCCCGUUGGCUUGUUUUAAAUAAUAAAUCAGAAGUGGCUGUAAAACAUCUGAAAAGGGUGGCAGCAUUUAAUGGAAAGAAGGAAGAAGGUGAUAAGAUCACCCCAGAGCUCCUGAAGUCAGAAAUGCAAAGAGAGAUUUUGUCUGCAAAACCAGCAUUGCCUAUAAUCAGUUUAUUCCGUACACCUACAAUGAGAAGAAUUUCCUGCUGUCUUUCAUGUGCAUGGUUUUCUGCAAGUUUUGCUUAUUAUGGAUUGGCAAUGGAUCUGCAAAACUUUGGAGUCAGUAUAUUUCUAAUCCAGGUGAUAUUUGGAGCUAUUGAUUUUCCAGCCAAAUUUUCCUCUUUCCUUUUUAUGACUUACAUUGGUCGUCGUGCUACCAUUGCUGGUUUCCUCAUCUUCUCUGGACUUAUGAUAUUAUCAAAUAUAUUUGUACCACAAGAUAUGACAGUUUUACGCACUGCAUUUGCUGUGCUUGGGAAAGGUGGACUUGCUGGUGCAUUUGUUUGUGUCUACCUCUUUACCAGUGAACUAUAUCCAACAGUGGUCAGGUAA